AUGGUACCGUUUUCAAAAUUAGUGCUAUGUUUUUCCAAAGAGUUAUGCGAUUUUCCGCAUUUCGUCCCAGCGGGUGCACCUUCAGCACCAAAAUCCGUUAUAGCACCAAAAUUUAGUGCUGAAUUAGUGCUAUUCGAUGGUACCGUUUUCAAAAUUAGUGCUAUGUAUCCCUUCGAGUUAUGUGAUUUUCCGUAUUUCGACCCAGCGGGUGCACCAUUAGCACCAAAAUCCGCUAUAGCACCAAAAUUAAGUGCUCAAUUAGUGCUAAUCAGCGGAACUGUUUCCAAAAUUAGUGCUGUAGUCAGUCAAAAGUUACAGCGGGGCUUACCUUUCUCCGCUAACUUCACGUAG